AUGGCGAUUCUUUACGCGUUGGUGGCGCGUGGAACUCUGAUUCUUGCCGAGUUCAGCGCAACGUCGACGAACGCAAACACGAUCGCGAAGCAGAUCUUGGAGAAGAUCCCUGGAGACGGCGAUAGCCACGUGUCUUACUCUCAAGAUCGCUACGUCUUCCAUGUCAACCGUACCGAUGGACUCACCACUCUCUGUAUGGCCGAUGAAAACGCCGGAAGGAGAAUUCCAUUUUCGUUUCUGGAGGAUAUACACCAGAAGUUUGUCCGGACUUAUGGCCGAGCGGUUCACUCGGCGAAAGCUUAUGCUAUGAAUGAUGAGUUCUCAAGAGUACUAAGCCAACAGCUCGAAUAUUACUCUAAUGAUCCUAACGCGGAUAGGAUAAACCGAAUCAAGGGUGAAAUGAAUCAGGUGAGAGGUGUCAUGAUAGAGAACAUUGACAAAGUUCUUGAUAGAGGUGAACGUCUCGAGCUUCUUGUGGAUGCAACGGAGAAUAUGCAAGGGAACACUACCCGAUUCAGAAAGCAAACACGUCGUCUCAGAAGCAAUAUGUGGUGGAGAAACUGCAAGCUCAUAGUACUCUUGAUAAUAGUAUUGUUGGUGAUCCUAUACAUUGUUGUGGCCUUCGUCUGCCAUGGACCAACUCUACCUUCCUGUUUUUAA